AUGUCGGCCAUCACGCCACGUGCAACGAUUCCUGAUGAAGGGGAGGGAGCCGUGAAUAUUCCUAGGUAUGCGGUAGCAUGGCAACUGUAUCCUAUAAAUAAUGCAGACCAUUUAUUCAUGAACCACCCUUAUCUGCUUAUGUCUCUGAGGAUGGAUUCGAGCAGGAAUCAGAAUCGUCAGGCUAAUAAAGCUCUUGUCCCGGCAAUCGUGUCUUCUUCUUCAAGAGUGCAUCCUGAGACUCGUCUCUUCGCUUCUAUUGGCAAUGUAGGAAGUUCCAGAAAUCCAGAAUACGUACUGCCAUUUUGUAGAAGAUUCUAGAAGGCGAGCCCCUAAAGGGGCGUUUGCGCCAAACAUUUCCAAAUUUAUACGCCACGUACUUAGUCGCAAUUUGGCUUCUCAUAAAAAGUAUGCAUAUAAUAAAUUAAUUUAACCCUAAAUUAAACAAAAUAGCUCUGGCUUAAGUUUGCUAGCUUUCCCCCUUGACCUACCCUCAACAGUGGCGGACUCAACCUUGACGCCCUUGGCCCCUCGAGAAGCUAUAAAUACUGGUGAGGAUUAGGCUCCGACAACCCCGUGGCCGGUUGCCGCUCUUCGGACGAGGAACCCCUGUCGCCUUCUCCAUUGGAUCACAGUGCUCUCAGCCGCCCCUGUGGACAAUCGUCCCAUAUUCAGUUUAUUUUUAUAAUUAGGAUUCCUCCCUGAGUGCCUCUUUGUACAUAGGUCCUUCAGUAAAAUAACGACUAGUCUCCGUCCAAUCCUGUUGGGCCUCAUUGACCGUACACUUGCGCUAGACGGGAGCGUUAGAAGAAACCCAGAGAUAUGCGUAACCCCAUGACCAAGAAAUAAUCGAACAAAGACGAUGUUCCUCAGUUAAAACAAAUAAAUGGCACAGAGAAGUAUGAUAAAUGAAGCUAAUUAAUAUAAUAAUUAUAAUGGAAGUGCGAUAGUGAAUUACGUUUCAUUACACACCUUUCCUACUGACUGUGGUCAAAUUCAGCCUUUUCUGUACAGUCCACCAGUUAAGCAGACCAAAUGACAGGAACAUCUUUACUGCCAUAGCCAACCGGCUGACGUUGCGAACGGCCCGCUGGAAGCUGGAAGCGAUGAUUAAUCCAUUAUUUUAGCAAACAGCCUGAAAUGUCCAAAACAGGUAGCCGUAUUUCAACCUACUUUCUGUUAUUUCCUAGUCCUGAGCAUCAGCACAUCAUAGCUAUUUUGUAUGACGUUUUCGCAUCAGACAGUUAAAUCGUGCACGCAGUUUCAGUGCUUGUUUUAGUACUAUAGCACAUCUGCUAUGGUGCAUUAACUAAACCAACUUAUCCGAGAACGAAGACUUAACCUGCGAAAAUCCAGAAAGCCCAUCUCUUUGAAAAUUCUAACCGUUUUGGCCAUUUCGGUCGGCAGAAUUCAUGAUUCUAGUCCACUGUAAAGAAUGUUGACAUAAUUCUGUCAGUCUUAUGUGAACUACGUCAAAAACGCGGGCACAUCUUGCCUUGUUAUAGAAGCCGGUCGUGUAAUAUUUAACAUUUGAUAUUUCUUACUUGGCCGAAUUUUUUUAUAGCAUCCUCCGGGUCAUCCAGUGACCGGAAGUUUCACCAAAACGGAAUUUCACGAAAAUUAUAAUCAUGAAGAUUCGUAAAGGUUAUUGGAGCAUGCGUGAAAAUCUUCAACCAAUCACAUGGAAGGGAGCGAAAAACGUCCGCAAACUGUUGCACUUCGUUAACCCUAACAUAACGGCUCUUAUUGGAAAUCUAUCUCGCGGCUGCGCGGUAUCGGGCCUCGAAUUAUGCGCAACCAGAAAACGAAAAAGUAAACCGGCCCAGGUCAUUUAAACAGUUCUUAUGUAAACGUAAAAAUGACAAAAUUAGCAAAUAAAAAUUUCACAUCUCAUUUACAUAGAAAAAAAUAACGCGGAAGACGCAAACAGACGACAAAAAGUUAACCGCAAUUGCAAAUAGCAAGACCUGAAGUAUUCGUAAGCCGCGACAAUUGGCACUACUGACUUGUAUUAUUGAGACGCCUGAGGCCGAGAAGCCUAAUGCGCAUCAGACGGCAUACGCGUCGCUCAUAACCGCGCACGCAUAGGCGAAUACGCAAGCGCGAGCUAGUUAGGCAGUUUAGUGUGCGAAUACACGACGCAUGCUCGUACACGCAGCAGUCUGAUGAAAAUAAAGUGCUCACCGGAUCGAGGGACUUGAUUGGCUGACUUUUUGAAGGGCUGGGGCGGAUCGAUUUUUUUUCUUCUUUCGUUGCCUUGGCCUGCUGGCCUAGUGUUCUAUCCGUUGAAGGGCCACUUCAACAAUCAGCCCUGAUAUGGAGGGAGCCCAUAAUGAUAAUUCUUUGUCCUUCAUGGCGCGUGCCUUUCGAGCAUGAUUGAAAAUGAUUUCCUAAAUUUUCUUCGAUCCUUCACUAGUAGUUGCCUCGAGAUAUGAUUUCGAUUGAGCAAUUUCUAGGCUGCAACGCUACAGUCUUUGAUGGCGAUCAUGUAUAAGUACUGUAGUCAUUCUUCUGUCGUGUCGCGCCUAAGUCUCCAUUGUCAAGAUUGAAUUCACAUGCGGCUUAUAGGUGACACAUUUUGGAGUCAAUUGUUGGUCAAGGCAGCGAUGAAGGAAAUGUAGUUGCGCUUUUGUUGACGUGGUCCGUAGGGCGAAUUUCUGCCAAAGGCGCGCUGCAUGGAGCAAUGAGGGCUCAAAACUUGAGCUAAGGUUAGCAUCAACUGUAGCAGGUAUAUUUCCUCCUGCGCCGCCAACCGCCGGAACUUGGGGCAAGCUGAGACCAUUUGUUUACUGCAUAAGUGGUUGUGACGCAGAUUAAGCGCCUUCAUCCGCAGCUUGCCCUUAGUUACCAUGGCGGCAAAGCGUGCCGUGCAACCAAACUUCAGAGACCUAAACCAUUAGAAAUUCAGCAUCAGAUGCUUAAGUUGACUUUGUCUGGGAGCCACAGGUACAAAAUACUCCAGAAUGGCAACAUAUAGAGUAGAUAAAGCGAAUCUUCAACUUCUGGAUCUAUUGGUGAUUGGAUGUAUCCCUCAAACCUAAUCUCACAAAAUUUAAACUCAAGAAAAAUCCCAGAAUCCGUCGCGGCUCGCAUAAAAGUGUUCGACCAAUCACUAUUCAGCCCUCUGAAUCCCGUCCGCAUAAGUCGUUUAUUAAUCACUCGCCUCUUGCUUCAUGCAUGUGCUACGUAUAAAUGUUGCUCAUGCCGGUCUUUCAAUAUCAUAAUCGUUUCCGCCACUUUGUUCUUAAGGUUUCAACCUCUUGCGAUCUUCACUGAUCUUCGUCAAUUCCUUUGAUAAUUGUGACUAUCUAGUCAUAAGCUUGUUCGAGGUUGUUCCAUACACUGAACGUCUUUGGUGGGACAUAUACUAUAGCUUAAACUAACUGAAAAUUUUAGCUUUCGUUGCAGUGAGCAAUUAAGGUUUGCUCUAAGGUCAUUGUGAAGCAAUAUGCCAUUCGGGUAUUCUACAGAAUCUGUUACCCACCCAUAUUUUCGUUGCGCCUCAUAUUGUAUUUUAUUUAUAUCAACACUAUAUUUGUAUGGAGGAGUCAACAGGUAUGUUUGGUCUUUUUCCCAUUACACUUUUAUCGUUCUAAGCUUAUACAAUUCGCCACCAUUGUGUUGUUUGAUGUCGGCGUUUUCGAUAGUAUGCUCCAGACGUUUUGACAAUCCUCUUGUAGGUAAACGUCCUUAGUUCGCUUUCUGAUUUUUGGAGGAAAGGUCUGCAAAUUAUGAGCACCGAAUAGGCAGUAGCAAAACUGGUAGCCUCUUAAUAACUUUUUCGCAAAUGUAAUCUCGGAAGAAGAUCAUCCACACAACCACACCCGUAGACUGGCUGUUUUGUCACGACCAUUGUCAUUAUCAGCUGUGAACGCUGGGCUUGAAGUUUUUUCAAGCGAUCCAUCUUAGUAAUUUGGAAAACCUUGGUCGAACAUAUAUGGCAUAAUUUGUGUCUUGAGUACAUGCUCCUCUAGUAUUGUCUUUGGCAUGUGGUCUGUUACUGCUGAUUCUUUGUCUUCAUAUCCCUGUCUUUUCGAUGCUAACACCCACAUCGCAUUGGCCUGUCAAGAACGCAGGAUCCUUGGGCUGGGUAGCAGUUAAACACCUGUGCUUUCGCUGUGCCUUAGUUCAUGUUCUUGGGGGACACCCUUACCUGUUGUGGCAGACCCCAACAGCUAUCCAUAAAAAAACCGUUGCAAAUUUGACCCAUCAUGAAUGUUUAUUUUAACUGUUCUCCUAUCAGGCAAGAUCUGCAGAACUUCCGGCGCCGGAUCUUUUCCGCCCCAUUUUCUUGCUUGGUCAUUCUCUUGGACACGCUCACUUUUGUUCAGCGAUCCAACGCGAAAGGGGUUUGUCCCGUUUUUAUAAAAAAAUAAUCGUAGUUCGCUUUUAUAGCUGUCUUCCAGUCUAUUAGAUCUCUCUCGAGUUCAUUUAAAGUUCGAACGAUUGGGAGCGGCUUUGUUUCUCCCGUCUGCAGUUACGCUGGUUAGUUUUGUCCAUACAUUCAAGUAAUUGGCAUUCAGCUUUUGUUUGUGGGGCCUCUUUUCAGUGAAUAUCGUGCAAGGUCUUAUUAUCGGGUCCAUGGUAAGUACUCGAUGUCCAUCUCGUUCCACUUAAUUUCUGUUAAAUCUCGAAACUUAAUGAUUCUUCUGAUACCUUCAGAUUGGCUGCGCGAAUGUUAUUACACUCUGGACUGGCGGUGGCUACGAACCGUUGUUGUUGCGCCAUGUGUCGAGGAGCUAAUUUUCCGCGGCUGCAUUCUUUUCCAUCUGAAACGCGAACUUAAAUCCUGUUGGUCACUUUGUCUUGCCAGCGCCGGCUUUUUCGCAGUAUGUACGUGCCACACUGGUUAACUGCCGUCCUUGGUUUCCCUGCUGAUGAACUUAACAGGUUUUGUCUUUACUACCUCGACUUCGUGCUGAUAGUUCUUAUCGCAUUAUUUGUAGCUCACUUCCACCACGUCUUUGAAAAGGUUCACGCAGGCUACUCAUGGAAGUCUGCUAUCAAAAGUUGUUGUAAGCUCCUUUCCCUUUCAAUCAUCUGUUCUGGAAUUUGUGCAUAGCUACCACUGUCUUGAGUUGGACUCUUAACGUUUCUCUUUCUUUUGACAGCAGCCCAAGUACUCCUCACAGCAUUCUUUGGAACGUACUCCACUUUUAUUGUCCUUCGAACCGGUGAGUAGCUUCGUCUCCCCUGACGUGGAAAAAAGAUGAUGUGUAGCCUUAGUUUUGCCCGUUCUAGUCAUUUCCCUGAGAACAAUGAAGUAUUAGGUUCACAAGGUUUUCAUCCCUAUGCUUUGCACUAAGACGGAUAUAUCAGACGAGUUAGGCAGUUGGGCUCAUUAGAUGAUUGGAUAAUCGCAUAAAGAACGACAAAAAAAGCUGAAUUUAUUUACCAGUACUUGUUGGUUUUGUGCCAUCUUUUACAGACUCAUCAAGAGAGCACAAUUAAAUCACAUAACUAAUCUUACUUACCAUUGUUGGUUGGGCCGCAUCCCUUGCAUGUCAGAGAAACUAGCUGCAGAUAUUUUCGCUUGUUGAAGCAUACUUCUAAGCGGAAGCAAGUUUGUUAGGAAGCUAUCUGUUUAGGUCCUUCUUUUACCAUUUUCCUGGCAUAUAGUUAACUUCUAUCCCUUGAUGGCUGUUAACCUAGUGUCUUUGACUCAACUGUUCCCAGCAGCGUAGUAGAGAAUUUGACGACCUCACCACCUUUCCAUUUUGUGUGUAUCACCGUUCUUUCUGACUCUACUGUGAUGGGUACUUGGGUGUCUGCAGUUCAUCUCUUUGCGAUAGACCUUUGGUUUUUAGUACUGCAAGUUUGAUCCGAGCGGGACUUUUUCUUUCGCUGGAAAGCAUGGUUGUGUAUAUGAGCGCGGUUGUUAUUGCGAUGGGCCUUAUUACAUCCCGUAAACCGUUUUAGGUGUAGUGAGAUUUAGUAUGCUGUAAGGGCCCCGAGAAUUGUUGUUUAGGAGAGGAACAAGCGUCGAAGUAGGUAUUUUGUUUCCCUUGUCGCAGGUAUAGAUUUUGUCGGAGUCAACCUUUAAAAUAGAUUGGUUGCCGUAACCGAACGCCGCUGGUUAUAAUGAAUGCGACGAAACUCUAUAGACCGCACAUUUUCCUAAGACUAGGUUUUUCCUGGUGACUGGGACUCAGGCAUCCUUGUACCUAUCCUCAAGGAGGGAGAUAACACAGGAUGCAAGAACUACCGCGGCAUAAGCCUCGUCGACGUUGCUGCGAGGACCUUCGCCACUGCCCUUCUCAGGCGAUUUCAGGCUGUGCGUGACUCUCAGACAAGGCAUAACCAAGUCGGAUUUCGUGCUGAACGUAGAUGUGCGGAACAGGUAUUCACACUGAGGCACAUUCUCGAAUUUCGCCAUAGCUGCCAGCAGCCAACGGCCGUCUGUUUUGUUGACUGUUGCCGCGUUUGAUUCCGUCCAUGGUGAGUUCCCGUGGCGGACAAUGAUACUAGAUGGCGCACUGCCAAAAAUCAUCUCCAUGAUCAAGGCCUGUUAUCACUCUACCACCGCGCGAGUUCUGGUAAACCAUUCAGUAUUCGAUCUGGCGUUCGACAGGGUUGUAUCCUGUCGCCCAUUCUUUUCAUUAAAGCUGUUGACCGAAUUCACGGGAGGGCCCUACUCAAAGGUGACGGCGUUAAGUUUGAACCCGGAUACCGACUGACUGGUCUUGACAAUGCCGAUGAUAUUGCAUUACUUGCUUCAAGUUUUAGUGUCACGUGUGAAUGAGAUCGCUAAAUCGGUCCGUUUAUCCAAUAAACGUUGGGAAGACUAAGUUGUUUUCAAGCUGCAUCCCUGACCAGGAGAAGACACCUCUCGAGAUUGAUGGCUGCCAACUUGAAGUAGACAAUUCCAAAAACCGUGAGACGAGGCUGCUGCAGAAUGGACAGAGUAAGAACAACAUUGUCUCCCUCAUUAACGCAGCCCGACGGGUUUUCUCAGGCAUUAGAAAAUGCCUAUUGGUCUGACGCGACAUCUCCAUCGCCGCCAAGAUUCGCAUGUACCGUGUAUCCGGCCGGUCUUUCCUUGUCUAUGGCUGUGAAGGAUGGGCUGGGCGUAUGGAUGACAGGCGAUGACUGGACAACCACUGGUUGAGAACCAUCCCUCGAGUGAUGUACACCGACUUCGUCUCAAAUGAGACAGUCCUCGACCUCUGCGACAACAUCGCAAGGAUAACUCUGGCCAUCCAAGAAAGAUGACUGAGGUGGUUUGGGUACGUUCUGCGUUGUUUACCUCUGAAGCUCAGCAUUACUGCCCUCGACCCGGCACCGUUAUCCCAUUGGAGGCGUCGAAGAGGGGGUUAACUCAAGACCUGGCUCGACGCAGUUGGUCAAGACGUGGAAGUAGUUCUUGGACCUUCGUUGUUCGUUCUUCCUCGUGGCGAAGAGAAUGGGUUGAACUGUCUGCAUCUGCUGCCGUGGAUUGUCACGCGUGGAGAGGUACAGUGCGGGAUACCAUCGUGGCUGGAUAGAUCAGGCAUGAUCGUAGCCGUACAAAGUACAAGUAAUUCUGCACUCUGUGUAAUCCAGCUCACGACGAAAAUAUGGCAAGUCUAUAUGGGAGGAAACGUCUUAUCGCAUUAAGUGUGGGUAGGACUGUAGUACCCUCGUGUCGAACAUUCGCCAAUACUUUCCUAUGGAACAUGUUAAGUUAACGGCACCAGGUGUAGUUCGGCCGUCGUCAUGGACGAUAUCCACCGCAUGCAGCAUGGUGGACGCUGGGCCAGUGACUUGGGCAUGUAUUAGUUUAUAGUUAUAUUGGACUUGUGGACCAUCUACCGCAGUCUCUUCCCUCACGUAUCUGAGCCAGGUGUCAAGAAAGAGUCAAAAGAUCGGAGGCGCGAUGGGGCGCAGUGACUAACAGAACUGAAAAGUCCGUCUGCGCGUGCCACACACACCCCGGGUUCGUGCACGAUGGACUAGAUUUCCACAAAAACAAAGAGGGGCUCGGAUUCCAACUGAAUGGGAGUGCCACGGUGGCGACACUAAGUGGGGGGAAAGGUUACUUGAGGAAAGGCUUGUCGUCAACGCACACAAGCAUCUUUUUGUUAGUUCAGACCAAUUCACGCGCAAGUCACCGUCCCGACUCCUAUUCUGCUAUGGAACGCACGGUGGAUAUCGUCGAAAUCAGCGGUCUAACUGUCAUUCCAGUCUAUUGAACUUCAGGUCCGUAAAUGUUUGUGUCGAUGAUGGAAUUAAGUGUUGGUGACAAACAGUCCUGACUAGCAAAGUUGAGUAUUCUCGCACCAUUACCGCGUCAUGCCAAGUCCAAGACGGCCAGUAAGGCGAUUGUUGGAAUGGCCACCGGUCCAGUCCGUCUAUUCCAGGCACCGGCAACAAUCAGCAGAGCACACAGCACGGGCAUCUGUCAGCCAACUCUUGCAACUGCGAGUAGGAAGCUACCUUAUCACGAUGGCCAGCAGCUGUUUUUGGCUUGUACCAGAAGACGACAGACGUUCGCAAAGUCACCUUUCAGCCGCAUACUGGCUGGCCAUUGGCUGGUUCCCGUGCGAAUAAGGCACGGUUGGAUAGUUGCAAGAACGACCACCACGCCGUAUCUACCAGAAAAGUCACGUGGGCCGCUGAGGUAGAGAGUAGAGAGAUGACUCGCAGUAUAUUUAUUCUCCGAGCGACCAGUGGGCAAGUGGUGUCCACCAGUGUUGUGUCCAGUGAAUCUGCCUUUCUCCAGGAAAAUCCUUCUAACCCCUUCCCUCCCUCGGGGUUUCCCAUUUGCCUCAAAUCUGUCGGAUUUUUGGUGCUCAAUUAUGUAUGUGUACAGGCCGUUUUGCGGGCUCAUCAGGGCAUGCUCGCAAGACCUUAUCUACUAUUUCUUUAAAAACCGAAACCAAAAAAAAGAUGCUUGUGUGCGUUGACGACAAGCCUUUCCUCAAGUAACCUUUCCCCCCACUUAGUGUCGCCACCGUGGCACUCCCAUUCAGUUGGAAUCCGAGCCCCUCUUUGUUUUUGUGGAAAUCUGGUCCAUCGUGCACGAACCGAGGGUGUGUGUGUGUGGCACGCGCAGACGGACUUUUCAGUUCUGUUAGUCACUGCGCCCCAUCGCGCCUCCGAUCUUUUGACUCUUUCUUGACACCUGGCUCAGAUACGUGAGGGAAGAGACUGCGGUAGAUGGUCCACAAGUCCAAUAUAACUAUAAACUAAUACAUGCCCAAGUCACUGGCCCAGCGUCCACCAUGCUGCAUGCGGUGGAUAUCGUCCAUGACGACGGCCGAACUGCACAUGGUGCCGUUAACUUAACAUGUUCCAUAGGAAAGUAUUGGCGAAUGUUCGACACGAGGGUACUACAGUCCUACAGUCUCUUUAUUCUCUUUCUUCUUUUUUUCUGCUUAUUAUUCUUAUUAUCCUUAUUCUUCUUUUUCUUCUUCGUCUUCUUCUGCCUAUUCUUCUCUUAUUCAUCUUCUUUGCUUCUUAUUCUUCUUAUGCUUUUUAUGCUUCUGAUUUCCUGCUUAUUAUCUUCUUACUUUCUUCUUGUUCUUCUUGCUUUCUUCUUUUUCUUCGUUUCCUUCUUGUUCUCCUUAUUCUUCUUAUUCUCCUUGUUAUUCUUCUUCCUCUUCCUCAUCUUAUUCUUCAUCUGAUUCUUCUUCUUCUUCUUCUUCUUCUUCUUCUUCUUAAUCUUUGUCUUAUUCUUCUUCUGCUUUCUUCUUCUUCUUCAGCCCCUCACAUUUAAAUUUCAGUUGAAGUAAUUAAAAUAUGCCGGCUAGGGUUUGAGGGUGGGGAGGGGAGCGAAAACCAAGAUUACCGUCGACGUCGGGGGGAAGGAUGGUGGGCACCGCUUGGUGGUUGGCUUGAUGGCUUUGGGUCAUGGCAACUGUGGGGCUUGUAUGAAAUCCCUCUGUGCGCAUAGGACUGGUUUGCAUACAGUUGUUGCGGCCAAUAGACGCCGUCAAAGUGGUUUUUAGUAGCUGGACAGAAUCUUGUAAAUCAUUUAGAAGCCCUCCUGUCAUCUACGAGAUGAUCUGUGUCUAUCAUGUGUGCGAGGACAGCUGUUAACGUUCUCUACUUGGCCCUUUCCUAACCAUACUGAAAGAUGUUCUUCUGGGUAAACGCCAGUCGCCGACCAUAGACAUUUAAUACACUGAAAAACACUAUUUGUGAAUAGUCAGACCCUCACGACCAGAAUCAAGCAGCUUUCUUGAGCACAAUUUUUUUAGUGAAAUAAGGACGUUUUCAGGGUGCCCAAAUCUGUUUGCGAGGGAGGCCAUGCUUGCUUCGAUUUCUCUUCAUAGGCCGGGCGGACUUUGUACCACGACAGAUAAUCAUUCUUAACAAGGAAAAAGCAUCUUUUCAGUCCCCCGAACCUUCUGUACUUCGUGACCAUCAGUCCUAUGAAUAUGUUGUGGCAAAUACAUGCGGAUAUAUGCGGGCUGCUGUUCACCACUAUAUCCAACAUGCUCGAAUUCUUGGCGGCUGCCAACUCUAAAACGCUUCCGUACGCCACGGUACUAGGCACAGCAUCACUGUAACGUAGACGAUGGCCACAGAUAGAGCUUGUACUUGGUCUUCACGCAGUCCAUCCUCUGACAGUGAAUUGUGUUAGUAGUCGACAUAACGUCUGCGAACUAGGCCAUAUCCACUGAGCGUCAGCAUCAAAUUUAAACAGGCCACAGUAGAUCCUCUACGAGCAUCGCUUUAGAAAAAAAAACCGUGAUAACGUGGAGUCAGUCUUCUCUCUGCAUGAAGUUGCUCCCCCUUGAGAAGCAGAGGAAAGCAAGCCUUACUCACAGGAUCAUCUGCUCAAAAAGAGGAAAAGUGGAGUAGUUUGUAACUUUAACCCCUGCAGAUUACGUAGAUUCAUCUUCUUUCAUAGUUCAUUUCGUCCGAAAUUCGGAAACUGGAGGAGGCAGAACUGGAUCUAAGCGACUUGGACAACGCGGAUUCGCCCUAUUUACGGUUGGACCAUUUGAAACGACAGCAUCUGCGUGUGUGGAAUCAGCUCUGUCGGGUACGAAAAAUUUCACCCCGAUGUGGCCGAGUCGUGCGUCGUCGGUUUGCCUGUAACGGUAGGUUUCAGAUGUCCGUCCUUCCAUCUUAUUUCGGCGGAAAGUGGAUAGGACAAGUACAUUUUUUAAUUGUGUAAUUUAAAUUCUAAAAGCUUACGCAUGAAACCGUUCCGUUAGGAAAUAAGGUAAGCUCACGUCGCGCCAGUACGCGAAAGUCUGCAUAUUUCAGAAGUAAAUAUAUAAAACGAACGGUGUAAGUUGUUCGGUUUUUAAGCAGCAAAGGGGCUUAUGGAUCACUCCGUAUAAGGACGUCCAACGGAUCUUUUGCCAGAAGGAAUCUUGAUGUUAUGGGGAGAUAUGGUCGUAUUUUCGACACAAGUGCGAAAAUGGCGUUUUCUACCAGAGUUUAUUAUUUUCGGCGUUUUGGUUUGAUUUAUUAUCCACUCAACGUAAUUUGAGUUUUGCCAUUUGAGGCCAGAACAUAAUACGUCGCUUGAAGUAGGUCCUAAUUCAUUAUAUUAGUAUAGUUAAAGUAUUGGACCACCGCUCCUGGUGCCUCCAUGAAGCGGUUGCAGCAGUUCAUCAGAGGAAAGUUAUAAGCGAAAAAAUGGGCAAAUCGAACUCCAUCAACAGUACACCUAUAAUCCCACUGGCUUUGACUAUUUGGCCGAGCAAAGGUUCAUCAGUUCAGACUGUCCCGAGUUUGGUAAAUUCGACCGAACUAAUUGGUAGGCUAAAAGCGAUGUCCUGAACUCUUCUAAUCGGCUGUUCAGGUUUCUCAGUAAUGACGAACUGAAAGAACUUAAGCAGAACUCCCGUCCCUUGGUGUCUUUCUCGACACGAUCCCACAUUUUUGUCUGUCUGACACCGUCAAAAUGUCCAUGCUGCACUCUGCAAUCAGUUCAUGUCAGUGAAUAUUGCCUGGAAUUUUCUGACCUAAAUGUUGCUACUACUCUCUGUUGAUUCUUUUGAAGACUGUGUGCUGUACCCCUCACGUGAGAUGCCUUGACCGCCUAUAGUGUUUCGCUCUUAAGCAUUAAUCUUCCUUAAACUACACAAAUAUAUCUAAACAAAUUUUGUUUCAACUUCUUGUCUACUGUUUGCCAUAGAAAAGGGCUGCUUCCGACGUUUUCAAUGGCUGUUUAGUUUAUUAUCUCGCGCUUCUCAGACAACUUGGUGGCGAUGUCUUCAGCUAUGUGCAUCUCCACACACACACUCUGUCUGAUAUUCAGGUUCUCGAUUUGCGUCCGUGAAUAGGGCGGUGGAAAACAUGGUGAAUGCGAGCAAAAACUUUCCCGACUUUAUGGAUAUUAGAAGACUGGUUGAGGAUGUCCUCGUUAAGAACCAAAAUGUCAACAUGAGGUGAGGUUCUUCAUUUCACCUCCUCUCCUUCCUGGCCCCUUUCUUUUCUUCUUUUUAUUUCUGACGUUUGUUUUAUAUGCCCUGUUUUACGCGUUCAUUUUUUUACAAGCUUCCAAUUAGGGAGCUGCUGAUGCUAUUAUUUUUGCUUCUGUCUGCCCGAUGCUGUCGAAGGAGGAUGAUGGUGAUGAUCCUGUCGAAGAGGGGGAGUGAAAUUGAUGAUGAUGUUGUUGUUGUUGUUGAUGAUGAUGAUGACGACGAUGCUGAUGAUGGGGGAGAAGGGAAGGACGGAGAUGAUAAUUUACAGGACACGGGUGGCUGUGAGGGCGAUGAUUAGUUUUUUCUAUUAUUGUGGUUUUUGCCAGUGGGAGUAAUGGUAGUUCCCACGUUAGACUCAUCAAUUCCUCACUGUAAUAAUGCCCUUGCUAAUAUCUUUCUUCCAUCUCGUUUUUGCAGUCAGACUGCUCUAAACUGUCUGGCAAGAGAAGUCUUCACUGACGUGGGACGUCUGCUCAAAGAACGACGACAGAAGGACAUAAUGACUGAUUUUGGGUAUCACCUCACCACAGAUGAGGCUCGGUAAGGUCUUUCUCUCUGCAAUGGUGCCAGCUGUAUUGAACUUUGACCUUAUUGUCACCUCAGAAUCCCUUACAUGAUGGAAGAGGCCCACUCUGCCCUGUGUGCCAAUUCGCUCUGUUUGCCUUAUCCGAACAGGGCUGCUGAGUAGACGUAGUACUGGUAAAUCUACCGAACCGUUCCAUCUGUCUUCUAAAAGGGCAUUUCUGUUGUAAUACCGCCUAUCUGUGUUGCCUGCUCUGUGUAGAGAUCAUUCAUCACCUUGCCCGCUUUUGCCUUUUUCAGAUCAGAGGCCGAUCUGGCGAUCACAGACGCUGAACUCCGUUCACGGCUGCGGGCCAACAGGAAGCGAGGUGCUGCUAGGCUAG